AUGUCAAGUUUACAAGAUCUGCCCCUCGAGCUGCACCUAUACAUCCUCCAAAGCUCAUCGCUGGACAUACUUGACCUUGUCCGCUACCGCGCCGUCUCACCACUAUGGCGCGCAAUAAUCGACACCAAGAAAUUUCAAGAGCGCCUUUUUCUCCGCCCCCUACUGUCCCCCAUCCUCCCUGUAGCCCUAAUCGGCAUAGCCAUAAUCGCCGUGAUCCGCCCCGUCCCCAUCACCACCACGACCGAGUACAACGAAGGGCUUUACAAUAUGACGCUGAAAGCAUAUACAUGCGCCGAUCCAGAUGUGCGCAGCCGCCUGCAUCCCAUAGUCAACGACCUUGGAAAUCGUAUGCACCUCCUCAACCACAACUUUGUGCGCACCAGGAGCGCCUGGGUGACGUCGUUUGCACCACCCAGUAUGCGUUUUCGCGGCAUGAAGCAGUUGGGGAGUAAGAUCUUUCCGCACUACAAUGCGAACUCGCCGGCAUCAUGGCGUGCCAUGAGUCUCUCCCAGAAUCAAUAUGAUCAGUUUCAAAUCUACUGGGCGCUGGAUAUGCGCUUGUGGGCGAAGACGUGGGAACGGGUUGGGAGGGGCGUGUAUAACAACACUGUUAUAGGAGCUAAGAUGAGAGAUUUGGAAACGCAGUGUCGGCUGGUCUUGAGACAGAUGGUGGGGUUGCUUGAUGAGGAUGAGGAUGGGGAAGUAGUGUCUAAGAGGAAAUUUUGGUUGAGUGAUGAUACGAACGAAUUGUAA